AUGCCAAACUGUUGGCCAAGGAAGGAAGCCAAAGACAAACCCAAGAGCGGCCACUCGGCCAUAGGCUGGCCUUGGUUCAGCACCUGCACCCUGUCCGUCCCCAGGGCCAAUGUGGUCUUCGUGGACCACUCUGGCCAGUGGAUCCCCAUGAGGGGCAGAGUUGGGGACAAUGUUCUUCACCUGGCCCUGCCAGGGGUGGACCUGGAAGGGGCCUGUGAAGGCUCCCUGGCAUGUUCCACCUGCCAUGUGUGUGAGACACACCUGGAUCUCCUGCCUCCUCCCGAGGAGAGAGAGGACGAUAUGCCGGGCAUGGCCCCGCUGCUCCAGGAGUACUCAAGACUGGGCUGCCAGACUGUGCUAACCCCUCAGCUGGAAGGAGUCGAGUUUGCUCUUCCCAAGGCCACCAGGAACUUCUACGUGGAUGGCCACAUCCCCAAGCCCCACUGA